AUGUCUAUAAUUAAAAUAUUUCUAUUUCUAUUAAUCUUAUCAAUAUCAGUUAUCGAUGGUCGAGCUCUCCGAAAGCGACGACAAGCAGCAAGUAAUACGUUUGGUCAAAAUUUGAAUAAUUUAUAUUCAAGUGGGUACAAUAUUAUCCGUGAUAAUUUGGUUCCGGGUAUCAGUUCUACUGCCAAUCAAUUUUCUCAGAAUUUCGAUCAAUACAAACAAGGUUUUUAUCAAGGUGUUAAUCAGAUUGGCCAAAAUUUAGAUCAGUACAAACAAAACUUGUAUCAAGGUGCUUCGCAGUUUGGUCAAAAUUGGGAUCAAUACAAACAAAAUUUCAAUCAAGGUAUCAAUCAACUUACUCAAGGUUGGGAUAGAUUCCCACAAAACUUUAUUCCACAAUAUCCUUACACUAAUAAUAAUAACAACUAUGCCAAUAAUCAAUAUGGUUACAAUGUUCCACAAAAUCCUAAUUCAAUGAACUAUAAUUAUAAUGUUCCUUCAAAUACGUAUCAAAAUUAUAAUGCAAGACAAGAUAAUCCAUAUGCAGCAAACAAUUAUUAUAAUAGCUGGAGUGGACAACCAGCAAUAAAUCCUCCAUAUUAUUCAGGAAACUCAGGUGGACAAUGGUAUCAAAACUUAAAUGGACAAAAACGUUCAAACGAAGGUAUUCCACUUAAUUCAGUUGCCUAUGCUAAUCAAAAACCAAUGUCACGACGUAAAUAG